GCUAGAACUCGAGAGAAUUGCUGCUCUCUACUAACUUUUUUUUGUCUACUCUUUGGAGAAAUAACUAUAAGCAAGCACAUGUAAGAUCUUUAUUGGGAGACAUUUAAAUACAAUACGUAUGUUUUAACCAUAUGUAUUUUUGGGUAAUUCUUUGGUUAGAGUUUAGCUUCUUUAACACAAUCAGAGUAAUACUUUAGGUUAACAUAUUCAAUAUCGAAAAACCGAAUGUACAUUUAAACAAGUGAUGGUACGUUGAAUGUUUAGUGAAUGUAUCUUUAUUUCAAGAUCCGUAGCGCCCAUCAAAACGAAGGAAGGUAGUCAUUGAUGGACUAAUUUGUAUAAGCUUCAAAUGACAAGGACUUGAAAUGCUAUAUAGAAAUUACGGGUGGGACUACCCAAAAAUAAGAAGGUUUUGCAGGGACAAGCACGCCGUCUAAACUAUUGACAGGGAAUUUAUUAUUUUUAUAAAAAAUUGCGGGUCAAUUUAAUACGGAAAUAAAAGAUAAAAAAUACAGAAUAAAAACAAAUGAUUUCUAUUAAAUUUUCGUCUACGACGCCGACGACCCAACAAAAAACCGAGCUCCUCAACUCAAUUCCUCUCUGAAAAGUAAAGAGAGGAAAAGAGAGUUUCCAUUUCCAAUUCUCUGAGUCAGAUUGUCAUCAUUUCUCCACCGACCCUUUCCCAUCUCUUCUUCCUCCGUAUUCGUUUCAGCUCAGGUGUUCUCCUCGCCCAAUUCACCUGUGUCAGGGCGGGAGUUCCAUUGCUUGGGAAUCUUUUUUUUUACAGCUCUCGGUUGGUAAUGCAAUCCUUGACUUGAAGACACCUUACUUUUCUAUUCGUCUAGUUGGGUUUUCUAUUCUGGGUAGGUUUGUUUUGGUGAGAUCCUUUUUGGGGUCUUUUGGUUUUUUUGUUGGUGUCUGGAAAUCGAUUCUGCUGCUGUUUGUUUUCAGCUAAGAGUUGGGGUUUCUGCUUUCUGUGGUUUGCGAUUAUCUAGGUUCUGGGUAGGUCUGUAAAGUUUGUUUCUUUGCUUUCUUUCGGUUGUUGUGGAGCUUGGGAGUUAUCGUUUUCCUUGUGUUUUUCUAGUCAGUGCUUGGUUUGACUGUUGGCGAAUGUUAGGUUUUGUCGAUUGUUGGGAUUCUGGCUUGGAUCUAUCUAGAUAUGAACUCUAAGUUGCUGAUUGUGGUUUAAAAGUUCAUUUUUUUAUACUUUCUUGUGGGAGGAUUAUGUUCAUCUUUCCGAGGAUGUUAACAGUGUUAAGUUUUGCAGAAUUCUAUUGAUCAAGUGAGAGAAGAUGUCAGGAGGUGGAACUCAGAACAGCUUGAGGAAGGCACUUGGAUCCAUUAAAGAUACCACCACUGUUUCAUUGGCUAAAAUCAAUAGCGAUUACAAGGAAUUGGACAUUGCUAUAGUGAAGGCCACAAAUCAUGUUGAAAGACCAGCGAAGGAGAAACAUAUAAGAGCUGUUUUUGCUGCUAUUUCCGCUACCAGACCUCGUGCUGAUGUUGCAUAUUGCAUCCAUGUUCUUGCCAGAAGGUUGGCAAAAACGCAUAACUGGGCGGUUGCCUUGAAAACUUUGGUUGUCAUCCAUCGAGCUUUGAGAGAAGUAGACCCUACAUUUCAUGAGGAGCUCAUCAAUUAUGGCAGAAGCAGAAGUCAUAUGCUCAACAUGUCGCAUUUUAAAGAUGAUUCCAGCCCAAAUGCAUGGGAUUAUUCUGCUUGGGUUCGCACUUAUGCGUUGUUUUUGGAGGAGAGGCUGGAAUCUUUUCGGGUUUUGAAGUAUGACAUUGAGACAGAUCGACCAAGGACUAAAGAUCUGGAAACUGCUGAAUUACUGGAGCAAUUGCCAGCGUUGCAGCAGCUUCUUUUCCGUGUCCUUAACUGUCAGCCUCAGGGAGCUGCUGUUAGUAACUUCAUCAUCCGCUUGGCACUCGCAAUGGUUGCUUCGGAAAGUGUCAAGAUCUAUCAAGCUAUAACAGAUGGAACAGCAAAUCUAGUCGACAAGUUUUUUGAGAUGCCACGUGCUGAUGCUGUGAAGGCUCUGGACAUAUAUAGGAAAGCCUGUCAGCAGGCAGAGAGACUGUCGGAAUUUUAUGAGAUAUGUAAAAGCAUGGAUAUAGGGCGUGGAGAACGGUUCAUUAAGAUUGAGCAGCCUCCUGCAUCUUUCUUGCAAACAAUGGAAGAGUAUGUUCGUGAUGCUCCACGUGUCUCAACUGUUCGUAAAGAUCAGGUUGUGGAUAACAAACUUGAAGCACCAAAGGAGGUUUUAGCCAUAGAGUAUAAGAAGGAAAUCGAGGUGAAGGAAGAGGAACAACAUGUGCCAUCACCUCCUCUUCCUGAACCAGUGAAAGAGGAACAACCUCCCGUCGUUCCACCACCUGAUUUGUUGAACUUGGAUGAUCCUGCUACAGUUGCUUCCUCAGAACUUGAUGAGAGAAAUUCCCUUGCCCUGGCUAUUGUCCCAGUGGGCGACCAACAACCUGCUGCUGCACCAACCCAAGC